AUGGGGAAAAAGAUCCAAGUUGAAGAACUACUGUGCUGCAAGGACAAGAUCCUGAUGCCGAGCAAAGACAUGUCCAAUAAAUCUCAAGUCCUAAAUGAUAAUGCUGCAACAAAGAAAGAGCAUGAUGGAAAAUUUGCAUCCAGCAAAAAUGCUUCAAAAACUAAGGAGGCAUUAGCACAUACACAAGACAAAGGGAACCAGAUCAGUGUAAAUGGGGGUUCCCCUCGAAAUGGUAAUACUAGUGCCUACCUAAACGGGAACGUUGAGGAUUUUCAGGCUGUUGCUUCAACUGGCAAUGGAUCAGUUAAGCAAGAUCAAGUUCCUGGAGUUCAUAUUGUUCCUUCGUCCCUGUUUGGAAUUGGUGCCUACGGUCUGCCUGGACAGGUUGCUGCGCUGCAUCCCUUUGUUAUGCAGCAGCAAGGUGCUCCACCCUCUGUAACAUCAGCCAACACGCACAUUCCUCAAUCUCAUGUUGGCCAACUUCAGUCAGGGCCUGCAAUUUCAUUCCAUCCACAGUGGGAGAACCAGCAGGUUGUACCAGAGAGCUCACAGGUAUCAAGUCACAGUCAAUAUCAAAUGCCCCAAACUGAGCAAGGAUCUGGUGCUCGUUACGACUACGAGCUUACUGCUGAUUUGUAA